AUGUCUGGACGAGGAUACGACCGCGGUUAUGACCGCGACGAUCGCGAUGAUCGAGGCCCCCGAGGUGGGCGUGGGGGCCGCGGUGGAGGCGGAGGUGGAGGCGGAGGACGAGACCGCGCUCCUCCUACUACCCUCUUUGUCGCCGGCUUCCCUCCCAACAUGCGGGCCAAGGACCUGGCUUACGAGUUCGAGCGUAUGGGUCCUUUGAUCCGCUGCGACAUCCCCGCUCUCAAGUCGGCCACCGCUACGCCCUACGCCUUCAUCGAGUACGAGGACCCUCGUGAUGCUGACGCUGCUUUCCGCGAGAUGCAUGGUAUGCGAUUCGGCCGCAACGAGAUCUCGAUCCAGUUUGCAAAGAACGCCCCCUCGGCCAGCUGGAGGUUCGAUGGCCCUUCGCGCGGCCCUCCUCCUCCUCCUUCGUUCGGUGGUGGCCGCGGCGGCCGUGAGCCGCGUGAUGAUCGCGGUCGCUCCGACGUCCCUCCCCCGCCGCAGCGUCCUAAGCUUAGCAAGGAAGAGGAGGAGGAGGCUGACCGCGCUGCCGAGGAGCGCGCCCGUAAGCGUGCCGAGCUCCGUCGUCAGCGUGAGCGCUCGCCUGAGCCUCGACGUGACGCCGAUGCCGACUACCCCGAGGACCGCAGAAGGAGCGAAUCGCGCCGCGAGGACGAUGUCGACCGAGACGAGCGACGCGAGAACGGCGAUGGCGUGACCAACGGUAACGGUAACGGUGCUGGUGACGACCAGCCCAAGGACGAUGUCAAGGACGAUGGUGCUAAUGAUGCUGCUGGCACUGCUGCUGCGGAUGCCACCGCUGACGACAAGAAGCCCGAGGAGAAUGACGCUGCAUCUGGCUGGGUAAGCAACGAGUGA